AUGACUGCAGCAUACGAAGUUGUACAGAACGAGAGGAGAGCUAUAAGAAGACAUAGAAUUUUCAGAGACCAAACAAACCCUUUUGAUGUGUUUGAUGACAAAGAAAUGAUAGCCAGAUACAGACUUUCACUGGAAUGUGUAACAGACUUGUGUGACUUAUUAAACGACGAUUUGAAACGACAAACGCUUCGCUGCCAUGCUUUGCCAACUUCACUUCAAGUGUUUGCAGCUUUUCGCUUUUUCGCCACAGGAACAUUCCAGUCUGUAGUUGGAGAUAUUCUUGGAAUAAGCAAGUCAUCAACGUCAAGAUGCGUACAUGCUGUAGCUUGUGCUUCAACCCGAAAAGUUAAUAACUUCAUCAUGUUUCCUAUGGAUUUAGAUACUAGACGUCAAAUAAAGGAACACUUUUACUCAAUUGCUAAGUUUCCAAAUGUUCUCGGCGCCAUCGAUGGAACUCUGAUUCUAAUCCGGUCUCCCACCAAUGAUGAACACGUGUAUGUGUGUCGUAAAGGAUACCACGCCAUCAAUGUCCAAGUGGUGUGUGAUGCUAAAUUACAUUUCUUGAAUAUUGUUGUGAAAUGGCCGGGAAGUACACACGAUCAUUUUAUAUUUUAUGCUGACAACAAGUGA